AUGAAGCGGAAACUGUCUUUCACAGACAGCAUCAACUCACUGGAAGCAGCAAAGGAGUCUUUCUCUGACCCCGACAACUCCACUCCAAAGUCGACAUGGACUUGGCCUACACGCCGACGGUAUGACCAAGAUGCAUCGAUUGUCUUCAUCGGGCCCAGGGCUACUGGAACCUCUAGCCUGGCGGUUAUUGCAGCCUCGAUCCAGGGAUGGAAAGUGAUUGACUGUGACCGCCGUUUCGAAGAAGUUACGGGCUCGACGAAACAACAAUACCACAGUGCACAUGGUGUCGAGUCUUACCGGCGGCGGAAACUUGAAGUGGUUCGAGAAGCAUUGGAGUCCAACACCAAGAACUGCGUCUUUGCCUGUGGCACUAUUGCUGCACGAGAAAAAACGGACUUCUUCAUGAGAUAUGCGAGACAUCACCCUGUUGUGUAUGUCAUGCGAGAGCAGAAGCUGAUCCAGGAUUACCUGGGUCUCGCCGAUGAUGAAGGCUGGAAGAGUGCUCUGGAUCAUAUGCAUUCAUUCUUUCGACAGCGUAGCAAUAUCGAGUUCUUCAACCUGGACGAAGGUCAAGAGCCGCUAUGGCAAACAACAUUGACGCUCUUUCUUGAAAAGAAAAGGUUCCCAGGCUCCGGACAAUUGGUGUGCCCUCUGAUUCUGCGCAAGACUUGCGCACAUGUUUCGCUGUUACUUCAGAACGUGUUCGGGCCCUUAUCACCAACCAAUUACCAAGGCAGUUCGCAAGUGAUUCCGCCCUCUGAUAUCGAGUGGCGUCGAGGCUCCCAUGUCCUUCGCGUUGGUCUGGAUGACGUGAAGCGCGGCGUGGAUCAUAUUCACGCACUCGACUCGGACCACGAUGCAGUUCAGCUGUGUGUCGCGCCCAGGGACCAUGAGUGGCAGUCAUUGUUACUACAAGAUACACUAGCAUGGGCCGUCGCGACUCUUCGCAGGUAUCUCGACGUACCAGUCAUUGUUGACAUCAGCCGUCCAGCUGUUUCGACGAAACCAAGUCCGGGAGCAUACCUAAAUAUGCUGCGCCUAGCCCUUCGAUUGGCCCCAGAGUAUCUGACAAUUGACCUCGGGGCAGAAGACAACAACAUCAAGGAGAUUACGCAAGCCAAAAGCUUCACUAAGAUCAUCGGUUGCUACCACCAAGAACACCCGGAGGACGACUUUUGGAACUCUGCAGUCCUGAUCCGCGUGUAUCAUCGAGCACGAGACUUGGGCUGUGACGUGGUCAGCAUCUCUUGCCCCUGCCAAUCUUUCAACGACAACAUCAAAUGUCGUCAGGUAUCAGAGACGAUAGCACGACUCGGGCUGCAAACUCCCAUCAUUACCUUCAACACUGGAAGCCUCGGCCGUCUCUCGCAGGUACUCAACGACUGUAUGACACCUGUCAUUGACGAAAAUCAAGGCAAAAAUGAAAAAUUCGGGCUCACUUCCUCUCGUCAGUUGAGGGCAAUCUGGCAUGGGUUAGUCCCCGAUAGCAGACCCAUGUACUAUGUUUUUGGGGCCGAAGUCAAACAGAGUCUCUCCCCCGCCAUGCACAACGCAGGUUUCUCCUUCAGUGGCUUGCCCUACACGCAUCAAGCCUGCGAGACUGUGCAGGUAGGUGUAGUGGGGCAGAUCUGCUCCCAGGAAUCCUUCGGCGGUGCAAGUAUCAGUCUUCCAUUCAAGUCUGAAGUCCUGGCAUUGGCUGCCAGACAAAGCACUGCGGUCAAGCUCAUUGGAGCCGCCAACACGCUCAUUCCUGACAGAAGCGCCUCUAGACCCCAAAACAGUCAUCAGGUCCGGCUAGACAACACUCACGCGAAAAUCCAGCUGAUGGCCGAGAACACAGACUGGAUCGGCAUCUACGUCUGCAUAGCCAAACAUUGUACGCCUGCAAACCACAUCACCAAGCACACCUCAGCGCUUGUGAUUGGUGCAGGCGGUAUAGCUCGUGCUGCGAUCUAUGCACUGGUGAGGCUUGGAGUGGGCAAUAUUUUCAUCUUGAACAGAACAAUCAGCAAUGCUUGCAAGGUCAAAGAGCACUUCGAGAGCAUAGGCGACGACCUGGAGAGAUCGGAUCGGCAUUCGAGCCCGGCCGUCCCCUCAUUCCAUGUGUUCCGGUCCCCUACCGAACCCUGGCCUGAAGGUGCCAAUUUACCCAGUGUCGUCAUUUGUGCAAUACCUGUCCGAGCUGAUGAGGGAACGACCGAAUACCCGUCUGAGCUGCGCGACGAUUGGUUUGGUAGUGCUACAGGAGGUUUGAUCGCAGACCUUUCGUGGAAACGUCGCGCAACGACACUCGGGGAACAACUACGAGAAGCAAAGUUCCGAGGAUGGGCUAGGAUCGACCCCAUCGAAAUACUCUACGAGCAAGGUUGCGCUCAAUUCGAACUUUUCACCAAUAAAAAGGCGCCACGGAAAGCGAUGUUGGACGCUUUUCUGGAGCAAUAUAAUGCUACCUAUACUGUAUAG